AUGGUGUAAACAACCAUAUUGUUCCAUUUAUUAAACGUAUUUCCCUCGGAACUUCUUUUUAUCUUGACUUAAAACAACAUUGCAACCCAGAGCAUCAUGCCUUCAGCCUGUGACUCGCUGAUUGAAGACAUCGAGGAUAUGGUGUCUUCAAACGACCCCACUCCUCAUGAGAGACAGUCUGCUAGAAAGAGUAUUAUACGGUCCAGAAAGAAAAAAGAUCUUCCAAGCACUGAGGAGCUCCAAGUUGACAGUUUUAUCCCUGGCACACAAAAAAUCUGGAUGAAGACGUGGGGCUGCAGUCAUAACAAUUCGGACGGAGAGUACAUGGCCGGACAGCUGGCUGCCAGUGGAUACAAGAUGACUGAUGACCCAACAGAAGCAGACCUGUGGUUGCUCAACAGCUGCACUGUGAAGAACCCUGCAGAGGACCACUUCAGGAACUCAAUCAAAAAAGCCCAGGAUCAGCAGAAAAAGGUGGUGGUAGCAGGUUGUGUCCCUCAGGCUCAGCCACGGAUGGAGUACCUCAAAGGACUCAGCAUCAUUGGGGUCCAGCAGAUUGAUCGGGUGGUAGAAGUAGUGGACGAGGCUGUUAAAGGACAUUCAGUUCGUCUGUUGGGUCAGAAGAAAGACGGAGGCCGGAGGCUCGGAGGAGCACGGCUGGACCUGCCCAAGAUCAGGAAGAAUCCCCUCAUUGAAAUUAUCUCCAUUAACACUGGGUGUCUGAAUGCGUGUACCUACUGCAAGACUAAACAUGCCAGAGGAGACCUGGCCAGCUAUCCAAUCGAGGAGCUUGUGGAGAGAGCCAGUCAGUCCUUCCAGGAGGGAGUGUGUGAGAUCUGGUUGACCAGCGAGGAUACAGGAGCUUAUGGCAGAGACAUUGGGACGGAUCUCCCCACACUGCUGUGGAGACUGGUGGAGGAGAUUCCUGAUGGGGCCAUGCUGAGGCUGGGUAUGACCAACCCACCAUACAUCCUGGAGCACCUAGAGGAGAUGGCAAAGAUAUUGAAUCAUCCUCGGGUCUAUGCCUUCCUUCAUGUUCCCGUGCAGUCGGCCUCAGACAGCGUCCUGAUGGACAUGAAGAGAGAAUACUGCAUCGAUGACUUCAAGAGAGUGGUAGACUUCCUCAAAGAGAGGGUCCCAGGUGUAACCAUUGCAACAGAUAUAAUCUGUGGUUUUCCUGGUGAGACGGAGGAAGACUUCCAAGAGACGGUGGAUUUGGUAAAACUCUACCAAUUCCCAAGUCUCUUUAUCAACCAGUUCUACCCCAGACCCGGAACUCCUGCCGCCAAGAUGGAGCAAGUACCAGCACAUGUGAAGAAGCAGAGAACUAAGGAGCUGUCACAACUCUUCCACUCCUACAACCCUUACGACCACAAGGUGGGAGAGAGGCAACAUGUGCUGGUGACAGAGGAGUCAUUCGACACUCAAUACUAUGUGGCGCAUAACAAGUUCUACGAGCAGGUGCUGGUUCCCAAGAUGGCUGAGUUCAAAGGAAAGAUGAUUGAAGUGGACAUCUAUGAGGCAGGAAAACACUUCCUGAAAGGACGACUAGUAGAGGACAGUAAGCUGUUCACUCCCUCCAUCGCUGCACCACUUCAGAAAGGGGAGGUGUCCGGCCUGAUGCAGGAGCAGAUGGCCAAUGGCGUCCAUGGUUCUGCCUCUUUGCCUUCUUCGUCCGUCUUGCUGAUCGGCUCAUACAGUCUGGACAGGGAAGUCCUGAAGAAACUUGGAAUCGGACUGGCUCUGGCUGCAGCUAUCUUGGCCUUCAUUGUAGAGAAACUGUACUGACUCUGUAAAUCUGAAAGGAGGAAAGAGAAGAGGACAAUGAUAUCUCGCACAGUGUGUCAGAAGGUGGUGAAUCCAGUAAUCAAACAGCCUUGUUUGAUCCCCUGUAAACUACUCUACGUACUCUUCAGUUUAAAAUAAAACCCAAAGAAAAAAGAAAGAUGAGGCUAGUGUAACUUGAAGUCAAGGAUUAUUCAUAUUUUCUUAAGAAUUUUUUAGUUUUUCUCAAAAGACAAGUCAGAAAUUGCCAUGUUUUGCUUUGUCUCUUGUUCACUGAUGGCUGCAGCCUGACAUCGUUAACAAACUAGUUGACAAGUGUUUGGAUCAUUUUUUGGGGGGGAGGAUCUCUGGAGCCGUUUUUAAUAUAAAAUAAGAACAACACAACCAGCUGAACACUUUUUGUUCAUCUGUACCUAAACACAAUCUGAGAAUUAAACGGUCAGUCAUCUGUCAUCUGUCCAUGACUCUGCGAUACUGAGCAUCUAGAUUUCUCAAUGUUCUCUGUUAUACAGGUUCACCCUCUUUUUUGGAUGGAUUGACUUGUGUCUUACGUUACAGUAUCUGAUAUUUUAUUCUGUGGAAGGGAGAAAUAAUGUGUAUAAUACUCUGAUUAAAGGGGAUCUGUGACUUUCAUUUGAAUAUAUUUAUUUUUCAACAGGAGACAAGAAGAAUCUAUUGUCACAUCUUCAGUACAUGUGUGUUUUUUAGUGGUUUGCAUGUGCUUUUAUGGUUCAUUUUAUGGUUUUUGGCUCCUACAUGAAAGUGAAGUGGAAUAUAUUUUUAUGUUGAUUUACUCUUCUUAAUAGUUUAAACAUCCUUCCCCAUUGGACAGGUGGACCGUAAUGACUUCUGAUGGUGUGUCAUUAUAAACCCAUCAGUCCACAAGAAAUACCACACAACCCAUAAGAUAACCUUCAAUUUAAGUUGUGUUUAAGGCUUGUUCCAUGAUUUCUUCCUCUUCUGUGGCCGUGUGUAGCUGAUGUCUAUGUCUGUAACCACCCAAAUUCAAUAAUGGUGAGUGCAUUUUGCUGUGUAGCUCGAAACAUAAAAAAAAGCUUUGUUUUCCUGUUAUGGUGGAGAACAAGUAUUAUAAGUAGUAGUACAGUACAAGGUUCAAUAGUACAAAUAAGUCAAAUUACAAAUAAUAAACAUUUGUGGGGGGAGAAAAAUGACAGAAUAUCCAAACGAUCCUGAAGUUUGUUUCUGUAAAUCAGGUGAUUUUUAACCUUUAUGACAACAACUCAGUUGAAAUGUGGACCUAAAUCUGAAGCUUUAUCGAGACAUCACAUAAUGUUUUUGUUUUUCUUUACAUGCAUUGUUUUAACCAUCCAAGACAAUUAUUAAAGAUCAAAUCAGCUGGUCACAAGUGAAAA